AUGUUAGGUCAGGGAAAGAGACUGGGGAUGGCGGUGGAAGAACAAAGUAAAGAGUUGGGUGAUUGCAAAUCUAGGUUGAAGGAGAAGGAGGAGAUUCUGGAACACUACAAGAGGCUUUUGGAGGAGAGCAAAGAUGCGAUGAAGGAGAAGGAGUCGGCGAUGAAUCGAUUGAAGGAGGUGAUCGAGGACAGGGAUGGAGAGAUUCGGCGAUUGAAGUUGAGGUUAAAAGAGGCGGGUGGUAGUGGCGGCAAUGGAAUUGGGACAACCAGAGGUGACGAAGAAUUGAAAGCGAUUAGGGAUCGUUUGGUCGCUAAAGAGAAACAGGUGGAUGAUUUCAAGGCGGCUGUCAAAUGCUUUUUCAGGACUGGCGGAUCUGGCGGGGACUGGCCGACUGGGUGA